AGACAUAAAAAUAAAAGCUUUAUCUUUUAUAUCUUUUAUUUUCAAUCGAAAAAAAAAAGAAUUUCAGAAAAAAAAAAGGAUUCUUUACAAGAACGAAUUACUUUUACAAAAGAAGGGUCCAUAACUUCUAUUCAAGCAGCUUAUGUACCUGCGGACGAUUUGACUGACUCUGCUCCUGCCACGACAUUUGCACAUUUAGAUGCUACUACUGUACUAUCAAGAGGAUUAGGUGCUAAAGGUAUCUAUCUAGCAAUAGAUCCUUUAGAUUUAACGUCAACUAUGCUCCAACCUCAAAUCGUUGGUAAGGAACAUUAUGAAACUGCGCAAAGAGUUAAGCAAACUUUACAACGUUACAAAGAACUUCAAGACAUUAUAGCUAUCCUUGGGUUAGACGAAUCAUCCGAAGAGGAUCGCUUAACUGUAGCAAGAGUACAAAAAAUUGAGCGUUUCUUAUCACAACCCUUUUUUAUAGCAGAAGUAUUUACGGGUUCUCCGGAAAAAUAUGUCGGUUUAGCAGAUACUAUUAGAGGAUUUAAAUUGAUCCUUUCUGGAGAAUUAGAUAGUCUACCUGAGCAGGCCUUUUAUUUGGUAGGUAAUAUUGAUGAAGCUACUGCAAAGGCUACGAAUUUAGAAAUGGAGAAUAACUUGAAGAAAUGACCUUAAAUCUUUGUGUACUGACCCCAAAUCGAAUUGUUUGGGAUUCAGAAGUGAAAGAAAUCAUUUUAUCUACUAAUAGUGGACAAAUUGGCAUA